AACAGCUCUCUCUCCGCUUCUUUAUGUUAGGAUAGAUUUUUUGUGACGGUUUUGGCGUUGGGGUUGGUGGUGGGUGGCUGGUAUUUUGGAAGGGCGGAGUAUCUCUUCCUUGCCCCCUUCCCCAGGAGGAGGCUGGCAUCGGGGCGUCCUGAUGCCAGGGCUCGUCUAGAGAGGGUGGACGCGGGACGCUCCGACAUGCCCCACCCCCUUCCCUCUGCCGGGCCCCCUGAUUGGCGGAGCCAGGGGAGGACCUCGCACACAACCAAACCAACCAGACCUGUUCUGCUGUGUCUCCUGUGUGUCCUGUCUUCCCUGGUGGAUCUAACCACCGCCUGUCCUCCAACCUGCUUCUGCAACGCCACCGACGUAGACUGCAGCGGGCGCGGCCUGCUCUCCAUGCCCGCCCUCACCCAUCUCCCCGUCUCCGCCCGCACCCUCCUGCUGCCCAACAACCACCUCUCCUCCCUGGGUCCAGGGUCCUUCGCUAACCUCACCUCCCUGGAGCGACUGGAUCUCUCCAACAACCACCUCUCCUCCCUGGGUCCAGGGUCCUUCGCUCACCUCACCUCCCUGGAGCGACUGCAUCUCUCCAACAACCACCUCUCCUCCUUGGGUCCAGGGUCCUUCGCUAACCUCACCUCCCUGAAGCGACUGGAUCUCUCCAACAACGACCUCUCCUCCCUGGGUCCAGGGUCCUUCGCUAACCUCACCUCCCUGGAGCGACUGGAUCUCUCCAACAACCACCUCUCCUCCCUGGGUCCAGGGUCCUUCGCUAACCUCACCUCCCUGGAACGACUGGAUCUCUCCAACAACUACCUGGAUAAUCUUCCCCCAGCGCUCUUCAAGGACCUGGGGAAUCUAUCAGAUCUGACCCUCCACAACAACAGUCUUAGGGCCUUGGAUAGGGAUCUCUUCCAGGGGCUGGUGGGGCUGAGGAAGCUAGAUGUCUCCCUCAACGGGCUGUCUGAUAUCCCCCUGGGUCUGCUGGAUGAGCUGCAGGGGCUGACGUGGCUCUCCGUGGCCGGGAACAGGCUCCAUGCCCUGGAGAGAGCAGCCUUCGAGCCCCUGGCUAACCUCCAGUCUCUUCAGCUAGGGGCUAACCCCUGGGAGUGUGACUGCAACCUGAGGGACUUCAAGCACUGGAUGGAGUGGCUGCUGUACAGAGGUGGUAAGGUAGAUGGGGUGGAGUGUACCCUCCCUAAGGACCUGCGAGGGCGGGACAUCCGUGGUGUUCCAGUGGAGAUGUUCAACUACUGCCUCCAACUGGAUGACGAGAACAGGGGAGGAGGGGGGACGCGGAGCGGAGGAAAAGAGGGUUCAUCCCCGCCCUGCGGCCGAACUACCGGCUCCGGAGCCCCCACAUCCGAAUCUGAAGUCCCCCCUGCGGGCGACCUGGUGCCCGUCCCGGACUGUGUGCGGCGGCGCUACCAGCCGGUGAGCGUGCGGAGGGCCAUCGGGACGGUGGUGAUAGCCGGGGUGGUGUGUGGCAUCGUGUGUAUCAUGAUGGUGGGGGCGGCGGCCUACGGAUGUAUCUAUGCCUCGCUCAUGGCCAAGUAUCAACGAGAGCUGAAGAAGAGGCAGCCACUGAUGGGAGACGGGGAGGGUGACGCAGACCCUGAGGACAAGCAGAUCUCCUCUGUGGCAUAGAGGGGUCAGGGGUUAGAGGUCAGGGUCAAGGU